AUGUCCUCCCCAUACAACAUCAACUUGAGCCGCGAGCUUGUUGAAUCGGGCUUAGUAGAUUCGGUCAAAAUAACGUUCAACGGUAGACGUAGACGUUCGACGACUGCGGCCGGGUCCGCGCGCGAGGGAGCGAGCCCUUCCCAGCCGUUGCAAAGCCAAGGUGCCUCGGCCGCCAAAGGUAACACAUCGCUGUCGAGCGAGCCCCCGUACUACACGUGCGAAGACCCGCGUCGCCAUAGGCACUCCAAGCACCCUUUCUACGUCGUCAUAAGAGGCGUAGAGCCGGGGAUUUAUGACUGCUGGCCGUGUGCGAAGGAGCACGGCAAGGGCGAGGGAGACGGAGACCGGCGCCUAGCGGUUCCGCGUGCGGACACGUACUGCGAGGGCAGGGACACGGAGGACGCCGCUCGGGAGUUCUGGAGGUCGGAGCACGAGAACCGUAACGUUUUCCUGGUCGACAGAGCUUGA